AUGUCGCAGACCACGCCUCAUCCUCUGGACCCUUUGACACCCGAGGAAAUUUCCCAGACUGCAAAUCAUGUUCGAAAAGCGUGCCCAGGGAGGGAUGUCUACUUCCGAGUCAUUACCCUGUCAGAGCCACCGAAGGCGGACAUGAUAAGAUACCUGGAGGCCGAACAUGGCGGCCGACUCCAUGGCCUUAUUCUGCCCCGCUUGGCGAUGGUGCAGGCUUUCCUGGGCCCAAGAGACAGCAAUCAUUAUUACCUGCUGAAGGUGGAUGUAACUACCGGCGAUGUCGCGCAGCAGAAGCAGCUUGUCGGAUGUCAUCCUCAUGUCGAUGCCACUGACAUGCAAAAGGCGGAGCGAGAAUGUCUGAAUGACCCUCGCGUCCAAGCGGCAAUCAAAGACAUGAAGCUCCCUGCGGGCGCCGAAGUCAAGAUUGAGCCAUGGACCUACGCUACGGAUGGGAUGAAUGAUAUGAGCGAGAAGAUCACAAUGUGUUAUUUCUACAUGAAGCUAAUUGACCACCCGGAUGCCAAUCACUAUGCUUAUCCUUUGGAUCUCUGUGUCGAAAUGUCUGGGGAUGCUCGCGUUUUGAAGAUUUUCUAUUUGCCCUUCGGGACGUCAAACGAUAUCGGCACGUCCGCGCAAGCUUACGAUCAGGAAAAAAUUCACGGGGCCGAGAUUGAAUACCAUCCUGACCUGCUUAAAAACCAGCGGACAACCACAAAGCCGUAUCGAGUUUCCCAGCCAGAGGGUCCCUCGUUCAACGUCCAAGGGAACCUGCUGCAAUGGGAGAAGUGGAGGUUCCGCGUCGGGUUCAACUACAGAGAAGGACUCACUCUGCACGACGUGAGGUACGAUGGGCGUAGCGUUUUCUACAGACUGUCAUUGGCGGAAAUGUUUGUCCCCUACGGAGAUCCUCGCAUGCCGUACGCACGAAAAGCCGCAUUUGAUCUGGGGAACGAUGGGGCGGGUUGCACGGCCAACAACUUACGGCUGGGCUGUGACUGUCUGGGACAUAUCAAGUACUUUGAUGGCUGGCAUACCACUUCCGCCGGGGAUCCAAUAAAGAUUCCCAAUGCUGUGUGCUGCCAUGAAGUGGACGAUGGGAUCCUGUGGAAGCAUACAAACUUUCGAACAGGGCAUGCUGUCGUCACCCGGUCACGCAUGCUGGUGCUGCAAACCAUCAUCACGGUCAGCAACUACGAGUAUAUAUUUGCAUUUCAAUUCGGCCAGGAUGCUUCGCUGAACUACGAGGUUCGAGCGACGGGUAUCGUGUCGACGGUCCCGAUUGGCAUUGGCGAGAAAGUACCGUUUGGAACUACGGUAGCUCCCGGGGUACUGGCCCCGUACCAUCAGCACCUCUUCUCGCUUCGAAUAGACCCGGCGGUUGCAGGCUAUAAGAACUCACUCGUUGUGGAGGAAUCGCAUGCCAUGCCUAUCCAGGAUCCGCAGGUACACAAUCCAUUCGGGAUCGGCUACACGACCGAGUCACGCGUCGUCGAGGACGAAUGCGGUCUCGAUCUCGAUCAUAGUGUCAACCGGGUGUUCAAGAUCGUCAACGAAGAAGUCAUCAACCCUGUGACUGGCGGUCCGGUCGGGUAUAAGCUUGCACCAUGCUACAGUCAGUUGCUCCUGGCGCACCCUUCGUCCUAUCACGCGAAGAGGUCCGAGUAUGGCGCCCAUGCUGUCUGGGUGACGCGACACAGCGACGAUGAACUGUUUCCGUCGGGUCACCACACCAUGCAAUCACUGGGCGGGCAAGGGAUAGCCUCGUGGAUCAAGGACCGGCAAGAAAAGAAACAGUCGACAAGCGUAAAGAACUCGGAUAUAGUGGUUUGGCACACUUUCGGCUCGACACACAAUCCGCGGGUGGAGGAUUGGCCGGUGAUGCCUACCGAGAAGAUGCUUGUGGGUAUGAAGCCGGUCAACUUUUUCACGUCCAACCCGGCCAUGGAUGUACCUGUAUCGACCCAGGAGAAGAAUCAAAGUGUGCUUGUGGACGGAGUGGCUGCCAUGCCGACCCAAGGACACUGCUCGAAGCUUUGAGAGGCGAAGGACCUUGGCGCAAGACUCAGGGUCUGUGGGAGACCUGAAGUGUACACGUAAAAUUGAAGCCUAGAUCAUACCGAAGACGGAGGUAGAGGAACUCUCAAUGUCCGAGCCGGCGGUAGCAUUGGGCCAGGCGCAAAAUAUAGAUGGUCCAUGUAUGGUUGGGUCCGAACAACAAAGCUGGUUGAGGC